AUGAAAGAACCCAUUGCCAUCGUAGGCACUGCCUGCCGUUUUCCAGGUAGCGCCAGCUCGCCAGCGAAGCUAUGGGAACUUCUACGCAACCCGACUGAUGUACUGUCUGAAUUCGAUGACGACAAAUUGAACCUUUCAAGCUUCUACCACCCAAAUGGAGAGCACCAUGGCAGUACAAACGUCGCGAAUAAAUCAUAUCUCCUCGAUGACAACCAUCAGAAGUUUGAUGCUUCGUUCUUCAAUAUCAAUCCCGCCGAAGCGGACGGAAUGGACCCACAACAAAGGAUUCUCUUAGAGACAACGUACGAAGCGUUCGAAAGAGCGGGAUAUACACUGGAACAAAUGCAAGGAUCUUCAACGGCUGUCUUCGUGGGUGUCAUGACGUCGGAUUUUCAUGAUAUCCAAACACGGGAUCUAGACACCAUCGGUCGGUGGCAUGCCACCGGUACCGCGCCCAGCAUCUUGGCGAACAGAAUCUCCUAUUGUUUUAAUUUGAAAGGGCCGUCCAUGUCCAUUAACACUGCCUGCUCCAGCUCGCUUGUGGCAUUGCACCAGGCAGUCCAAUGUCUACGCAACGGUGAAUCAAACAUCGCGAUUGUAGGCGGAGUGAACUUGAUACUAGACCCGGACACCUACAUCGGUGAAUCCAAGCUUCAUAUGUUAUCGCCUACGUCGAGAUGCCAAAUGUGGGACCAAAAUGCUGAUGGUUACGCUCGUGGCGAAGGAUGCGCCGCUGUGGUUCUGAAGACCUUAGGUCAAGCUCUCGCAGAUGGCGAUGAGAUCGAGGCCAUUGUUCGGGAGACGCUGGUGAACUCUGAUGGCCGUUCUCCCGGCAUCACUAUGCCAGAUGCUGAGGCCCAAGCAGCCUUGAUCAAACAGACAUACGCCAACAGUGGUCUGGAUCCGGUCAACGACCGCUGUCAAUACUUCGAAUGUCAUGGAACUGGUACACUUGCCGGCGACCCUGUCGAAGCCGAGGCAAUCCAGAAGGCGUUCUUCCCUGAUAAAGCUUCACCUGCGAGAAACCAAGAAGACAAACUGUUUGUUGGAUCUAUCAAGACAGUUGUCGGACACCUGGAGGGCUGUGCUGGCCUCGCCGGUCUUUUGAAAACUGUGGCGUGCAUCAGAAACCAGACCGUAACUGCGAAUCUGCACUUCAACAAACUCAACCCUAAUAUCGAACCAUUUUAUGAUCAUCUUCUAAUUCCAACAAAGAACUUCCGUUGGCCUCCAGUGGCUCCUGGCAGCCCGUUGCGUGCCAGUGUAAAUUCAUUCGGUUUUGGAGGAACAAACGCACACGCCAUCGUUGAAAGCUACUCAGCUCCCUCGCUUAGUUCCCGUCGAACCCUUUGCGAAGAGAAAACCGCAAGAGAAUACGCGACAUCGGGGCCUUUCGUCUUCUCCGCCCAAUCCAAAUCAUCCUUGCUGGGAAAUAUCAAAAGUGUGGCGAGCUACAUCAAGUUGAACCCAUCAGUUAAUCUCAAUGACCUUGCGUGGGUACUCAGUACCAAGAAAAGCUCGUUCUCACUUAAACAGUCAUUCACUGCAGACAGUCAUGGGGAACUCCUCGAAGCAAUAGACAAAGCAGUCACAGAACGAGAAUGCAGCUCGUACAGCGAGGCUGGAACUUUCAGCAGAAGGAAUCAAAGCGAACCAUGCCGAAUCCUUGGUGUGUUCACAGGCCAAGGCGCUCAGUGGGCAGCUAUGGGGCGGUCACUCAUUCUAUCGUCCCCAACAUUUCAUGACUCCAUCAACCGCUGUGAGCGCGGUCUAGCUGACCUGUCCGAUGGACCAUCAUGGUCCCUUAAAGAAGAGCUUAUGGCCGACGUGGCCUCCUCCCGCCUGUCAGAAGCAGAGUUAAGCCAGCCACUGACAACCGCCAUUGAGAUUGCAGUCUGUGAUCUUCUUUCUGCUGCUGGCAUCCAUCUUGACGUUGUCGUUGGCCAUUCCUCGGGAGAGAUUGCAGCAGCAUAUGCGGCGGGGGUCAUUUCCGCUAAGGAUGCCAUCAAGAUUGCCUAUUACCGUGGACUGCACGUAAAGGUACCCAGGGCCUCUGGUGGGGACCAGGUCGGCGGUAUGAUGGCAGUUGGUAUCACCUUCAAAGAUGCAGUUGCUUUCUGCAACCAGUCAUCGUUCUUCGGCCGACUUGUGGUCGCCGCGAGCAACGGACCGGCUAGCAUAACUUUGUCUGGAGACUACGACGCAAUCAAUGAAGCCAAACAGCAUUUUGACCAGAAGAAGAUAUUUGCCAGAAUCCUCAAGGUUGAAGUAGCGUACCAUUCACAUCAUAUGAACCCUUAUGCUGAUGCGUAUUUGGAAUCAUUGAGGGCAUGUAAUAUACAUGUCCAACCACCAAAGAUAAAUUGUACCUGGAUUUCAAGCGUGCAAGAUAAUGCCGGCUUCCUGACUGGGGACCUAUCAGCAUUGACCGGUCAAUACUGGGUUGACAACAUGUUGAAACCUGUGCGUUUCUCCCAGGCAGUUGAGCAGUGUCUUUUGAACGAAGGCAAAUUUAGUCUGUGCAUUGAAGUUGGACCGCACCCUGCUCUCAAAAGCCCUGUCUUGCAGACCUUGGAUGUCGUUCUAGCCCAGAAGGUUCCAUAUCUGUCAUUGCUCCAGCGUGGAGUUGAUGACAUGAAGGCUGCCUCGUUAGCUGUGGGCUUCAUGUGGCAGCAUUUCGGACCCCAAUGUGUCAACCUAGACCGGUACUAUAGAGCGUGCAACCACAAAGCACCAAGGAUGGUCAAGGACUUGCCGACAUACUCAUGGGACCACAGCAGGUCACACUGGAGAGAAUCCCGAAUCUCGCGAAGGUAUCGACUCAGGGAUCCACGCCCACAUCCGCUGUUGGGCCGACGGGCUCCCGAUGAUUCAGAAAGCAACAUGCGCUGGAGAAAUAUCCUUCACUUGAAUGAGAUCCCCUGGCUGCACGGCAACAAACACAUCGGAAGGGUUGUCUUUCCCGCUGCCGGUUAUGUUAGUCUUGCAUUGGAAACAGCUGCUGCUUUGGCUGCGGAAAGGCCCCUUGCGCUCGUGGAGAUACAGGAUCUAAGAAUUGUGAAGAGCAUCACAUUGGAAGAUGGAAGUAUAGGGACUGAGUGUAUCACCACACUCAGCACUCCGCAUCCUGGUGUCGAAAGUCAUUCACAGGCCCGACUCGUAGCCAAUUUCACCUGUGAAAUCUGCCCAGCUGAUAGUACAACGUUGGAGCGAAUGUGUACUGCGCGAGUUAUUCUUCACUUUGGUGUCUCCAACGUGGAUGAGCUACCAGCUAGGAAAUCCAAGCGACAGAAUCUUACACUUGUUGAUCCUGCCAAUUUCUAUGAGCUAUUGCAGUCAGUGGGGCUUGAAUACACUGGCCUAUUCAGGGGCAUUGAUUCCAUGAGCCGGAAAUUAAACCAUGCCAAAGCUUCCGCCUCCUGGACGGAGGGAACGCUGUCCUCGGAUUACUUGUUCCACCCUGUUGCCCUGGAGGUCGCAUUCCAAUCAACCAUGGGGGCCUUCUCGUCGCCAUUCAGCAACACCACCCGGACCCCAUUUAUUCCCAUGGAAAUCUCGCGCCUGUUUAUCAACCCGAGUCAUUCGCGAUAUCCCGUUGGGGAGGUUGUCAAAUUUGACAUUGAUACUUCCGUGACAGAGUCGAACGCCACUCUGAUCGAGGGUAAUGUCUCACUUUUUCAUCCAGAUGGACACACAAUGGUCCAAGUGGAGGGGUUAGCUUUCAGAUCUGUGGAAGAGCCGAGUCCUUUGGACGAUCGGAAUAUUUUCUCGCAUACAGUGUGGGGAAUCGACCCAUCCCUCGGCUCUAUACAAAUAAAUCAGACGAGCCCUGACACAGAUGAGGAGGAGGCGGUAGAGACGAUGGAGAGAUCGGCCUUGUUCUACUUCCAACGUAUGCUGUGUGAGAUCGAUCCAUCCGAGGUUCCGGACCUCCUGAACCACCAUCAACUGUUUUACUCUGAAGUUAAGCGUGUUGUUGAUGCUGUCAAAGACAAUCGGCACCCUGUCUUGAAACCCCAGUGGCUCGACGAUUCGGAACAAUACAUCACUGGCAUGUCUGAAAGGAUGAUCGCUGGAAAGGCCGAGUGUGACCUCAUUAACCACCUUGGACCGCUUCUGCCAGCAAUCCUACGCCGGGAGAUUGAUGCAAUGGAAGUUUUGAAUAAGUACCCGCUCGAGAACUUGUGCUUGGAUGAAGUCAUCUUUGCUCCCAUGCACAAGAGCAUAUGCGACGUCAUCAAGCGCAUUGUACACAAGCAUCCUCGGAUGAACAUACUUGAGGUUGGCGCUGGGACCGGGAUAGUCACGAACAAAAUACUGAAAGUCGCCGGCGAUGCAUAUUCUUCUUACUGUUUAACCGACGCGUCUUCAGAACUUGCUGAGAAGGCUGCUAAAACGAUUUCUGAGACUGCCCACCGCAUAUCCUUCCAGGUAAUGGAAAUCGAAACCGAUGUCGUCGAUCAAGGAUUUGAAGCCGAGGCUUAUGACCUUGUGAUUGUGGCCAACGUUCUCCAUGCAGCACACGCAUCAACGAAAGGCCUUCAGCACAUCCGAUCACUGCUAAAGCCUGGUGGAUAUCUCAUUUUCAUUGAUCGUGCUGACCAGAUGGCAACACCGCUUUCUGUUAUGGGUCUCAUACCUGAGUGGUGGGAGGGGCACGAGCAAAGGCGGCCCGUUUCAGCAGUUGAAUGGGAUAAAGUUCUACGGUUGAAUGGAUUUGCUGGUGUGAAUGGGAUAUCCCAAGACGUGGGACGUUCAGACAAGCACUGUUUCAACUUGAUCGUUUCCCAAGCUGUGGAUGACUGUAUGAUGAUGCUUCGGGAACCGUCGAUCUUGAUGAGCCCAGUUCCAGUGACAGGGCAGGUGGUCAUCAUUGGGGGAGCAACAUUGCCGGUGUCUCGCUUAGUACACAGCCUCAAAAAUUCCCUUCGCUCUCCUGGAACUGCGAUCAAGAUCAUUGAUGACAUCGAAAGCUUGGACACGUCUCGUCUUUCAGAAGAUACCUCGGUCAUCUCCGCAACAGAGCUAGACAACCCAUUUUUCUCAGGCGCAAAUACCCAGCACAGAUUGCAGGCAUUGCAGGCGUUAUUCAGGAAAUCCAAGUGCGUCCUCUGGCUCACGGCCGGACGUCUGUCAGAGCUAUCACAGGCAAAUAUGACUAUGAGCGUGGGGCGCUCAAUCAAAUCGAGAACGCCAGAUGUCAAUUUGCAAUUCUUGGACGUGGCAGAGGUCAGCGCUUCUCUGCAUUCAACCGUGGUCGAGGUCUUCCUUCGUCUCUCGUGGUCUCGUCUCCCAUGGCUCACUGAGAAGGAUAGGCUGUGGGUGAAUGAAUUAGAAAUCCAUUUUGACGGUGAGAACAUUCGCAUUCCACGCCUUGUCAAGGAUCAUGAAAGAAAUGAAAGGUAUAAUGCCGGACGACGACAGGUGUUUCAAAAGAUCGACGUUAAUCAGCACCCCGUGGAGAUCAAAGUGGGCCCCGCUGGCCGUUUGUGUUUGCAAUCUUCUCAAACUCCUAAAGGGGCUGGAGGGUCUAUUCCCGUUAAGACAAGGUUGUCCAUUCCUCUCUUCAAAGAAAUUUCAAAGGCAUUCUUCUUGUGGCUGGGUACCACCCAGGACAAACGCACUGCAAUCGGCUUUUCCAACAACGCCACUUCUGCUAUUGAGGCAAACCCAUCCGAGACAUGUAUUUUCAACACUGAUCAUUUGACUCCAGAGUUAUUCCAAGCUACGGCUAGCUACAUCCUCGCAAGCUUGAUAGCAACUUCGACACAUGAUGAAGGGUCUAUUCUUAUAUAUUCUGCGUCCGAUAUCCUUAUCACGGCCAUCAAAACAUCUCAUGCUGGGCAACGCCGACGUACUUAUUUUGUGACAUCAGGCCUCAAAAAGUCCGCCCCUGGAACAAUAUCAAUCCACCCACGGGCAUCUCGCCAAGAUGUGGAGGAUGUUUUGCCGAAGGAUGUGUCUUGCUUCUUUGACCUGUCAACAUCUUGUGAUGAUAGCCUGCGAACCAUUCUUGUCAAGCUAUACGAAAAUGCCCGACAAAACAUCUUCGACCUAUUCCGCCAGUCAGCGAACCGAAGAAAGAUGAUUAUGGAUUCCCUCAGUGACGCUAAAACCAACCUGCACACUCUACCUCGGGGGUCUACCAACAUUCUUGGUCUGGAGCAGCUGGAUGGAUCACCAGAUUCCACGUACAGCUAUACUACAAUGAUAGACUGGACUCAUUCAAGCCCUCUAGCUGUUCAGAUCCAGCCUUUAGACCCCAGUGCCUUGUUCUCGUCAUCCAAGACCUACUGCAUGGUUGACAUGACAAUGUCACCUGUAUCAUCCCUUCUCUCAUGGAUGGCAAGAAAUGGGGCACGAAACUUCGCUCUGAUCGGUAGGAACACACAGAUUAGUCAAGCAUCGCUAGAGGAGAUCUCAGCUCUUGGGGCAGAUGUGAAAGUGAUGAAAGCGGACUUCUCCAGCCGUGAUUCCGUUUUAGAGGUUUGCAAAACGGUCACCCGCACCAUGCCACCUGUUGCCGGCGUGUGUUAUGCUUUAAUGGGCCUCUCCCCCAAUCCAUCUGAGGAUAAGGUUGAUGACUCGAGUAACCCAUCGGCUGCAGCUGUCCAAGGAGUAGCAUAUCUCGACGAAUUUUUCUCUCAGCCCACCUUGGACUUCUUCGUUGUUGUAUCCACUCUUGGUACUGUCAUGGGAACAUCGCGGUGGUUGAACCUCCCCGCUGAUAGUCUCUCCAUACCUGGUUUGGUUGAACAGCGGAGGAAGAAAGGAUUGGCAGCCUCGGUGAUAUACAUGGGCAUGGUCGUUGAUCUGGGUUAUAUGGCAAGGCAAAGCAAACAUAACAUUCAGCGCAUGGCGAAGCUCGGAUAUGCUCCAUUGUCCGAGCCAGAUAUUCAUCACUCCUUUGCAGAGGCAAUCGUUUCCAGUUCCUGUGACUCUGCAGGUAGCCCGGAAAUUGUACUUGGACUCCAGCAAUUCAAGAAAUCUGCCAGUGACCCAAACAUUCCCUGGUGCUCAGAUCCCUUCCUGUCACACUUCGUGACUAAAGACACGGCACCAGAUGAGCAACAGCAGCAAAGUAUAUCGCCGAAUUCAAGUGUGAUUGAGCAACUGGACAACUCCAAGUCCAAGGAUCACGCUUUCCACAUUCUUGAACAAAGACUCUCGGCAAAAGUUCAGUCUAUGCUACAUCUUUCUCCAAACACGCUGGACACCCAUAAGCCACUCAUCGAUCUUGGGUUCGAUUCUUUGUUGGCUGUUGAGAUCGCAGAUUGGUUCUUCCAAGAGCUAAGCUUCCAUAUUCCAGCGUCCAAUAUUUUGGAAUUCACUACAUUCGAGCUCUGUGACAGCGCUGUAACACACUUACUGGAUUCGGCAGCACAAGAUAGUGUCGGACAACAGCCUGUAGGGUCAACUGAGAGCUCAAAUUCACAGACCUCUGGGUCAAAGCUUGGCCCCAGCAGCUCUGCCGAAACGACGCAGUCUGAACUAGGUGACUCAGAGACAUCCACAAGCGUUUCCAACACUCUCCAGGUUACAUAUGCCAAGUCCUCAAGUUCACCAAUUUCUCAGAAAUACCAACGAGUCGAGGAGAUGUCGCCCUAUCAGUCACUGAUUUGGCUUGGAGGAAGCUACAUGAAAGAUCCAUCGCAGUACAAUGUUGUUAUCUCGUAUGAGGUCAAGGGGAACUUCCAGCUUGCGAGGUUUGAGCGAGCUCUCUCUCAGACUGUUUCUUGGCAUGAGAUGCUGCGCACCGCAUUCUUCGCAGACCCUGUCCGUGGCCAGUUGCUCCAGGCGGUUAUGAAUGAACCUCUGCCAUUCUUCCGCCAUAUUGAGACAUUAGAUACUGCCACUGUAUCGCGGGAAUUUGAAAAUGCUGCAUCCCUCAACUGGCGGUUGGAGGAAGGUGAGACGUUCCAAGUCACCGUGGUGUCUGUUGGAUCAGAGCAGCACACCGUGAUAUUCGCCUAUCAUCACAUCAUCAUGGAUGGUGUCAGCUGGUCCGUUUUCCUACGCGAUUUGAAAUCUUUCUAUGAACUGGGAACUCCGCCCACCAGUGCUGUCCAAUACAUCGAUUACUCUGUAAUUCAGAAUCGUGCUAUCCGAGAUGGCACCUUCACCCAAGAACUCGAUUAUUGGAAGCGUGAGUUGUCCCCGUUACCAGCCGUCAUGCCUCUCCUUCCAUUUGCCAAAAUCAAACAACGAGUGCCAAUCGAUGAUUACACGGCGCAUACGAUGAGGCGGGAGAUAGGUAAAAUCACAGUGGACAAGAUUAAGAAGACAAGUGUUGGCCUUCGAGGAACAUCCUUCCACUUUUUCCUGGCGACACUCAACGUUCUUCUUGCCAGAUUGUUGAACGUGGAAAAUAUUUGCAUCGGCAUAGGCGACGCAAACCGCAAACAGCGACAGUUCGCCAAUACCAUAGGCUACUUUGUGAAUGUAGUGCCUGUUCAGGUUGCUGUCGCCCAGGAGGACACUUUUGCGAACGUCUACCAGAAAACAUCCAAAAAGGCUUUACUUGCACUUUCAAACUCUUCUGUGCCCUCCAGUGUCAUUGUGGACACUCUCAAAAUUCAACGGGCUUCUUCCCACACUCCAAUCUUCCAAGUGGCGAUGAACUACCGCGUUGGUGAAAUCACCAAAAUGUCUGUGGCAGACUUCGAGCUUAAUUAUGAGCAAAGCGCCAUGGGUAAUCCACCGUACGAUAUUUCAUUCCACAUCACUCCCACUGAAUCUGGUACUUGCAUCUUGGAAGUAACCUGCCGUGAUUAUAUUUACACACGUGAAGCCGCCGAAUCAAUCCUGGACACAUAUGCUGAUUUGAUUGAUUCCUUCUCCUGCAAUACCCUAUUGCCUGCAAGGAUUCCAAUUCCUCCCUCGCCCACAAUUGAUGGAAGAAAACUAUCUAUUCGACGAGGCCCACGAUUGGAUAAUGGAUGGCCGACGACUCUAUCUAAAAGGUUUGAGAACAUGUUGAAAGCUUUCGGAAGCAAGGUGGCCAUAGUGCAGGAAUCUGGAGAGUUUACCUAUGCGCAGCUCGGGGCGCAUACUAACCGCAUUGCCAAUGUCCUUCUUGAAGAAGGAAUUGCUAGAGGGGAUGUUGUCGGGAUUCUGUGCCAACCAUCACUCGCCGCAGUGGCGAGCAUGCUCGCUGUUCUCGUGGUUGGUGCCGUUCACCUUCCCCUUGACCUCAGCAUUCCCACGGCAAGACACACGGUUAUGAUCAAGGACUCCGGGGCAAGUAUAAUACUUUGUUCAUCAUCAACAUGCGAAAGAGCCCUGGCACUAGGUGCCGCUUCCGUUCUGAAUGUUGAAGAAGUUGGUGGGGAUCCGAACACUCCUGUACAAGACAGAAGUAGUGGGGCUGCACCAUCAGUUUUGCUUUACACGAGUGGCUCAACGGGAAAGCCCAAAGGCGUUCUCCUGCCGCAAAUCGGGUUCAUUAACUAUCUUGCCGCCAAAGAGAAAGAACUGGCACUCGACAGCCGAGUUGUUGUUUUGCAACAGAGCUCAAUCGGAUUCGACAUGGGUCUUGCGCAGACUCUCAAUGCCGUUAUGAACGGGGGUAAGCUUGUUAUUGUUCCUCAAACAGCACGCGGUGACCCCAUCGAGAUUGCCAAAUUCAUCCGCAAACAUAAGGUGACAUUCACGCUCGCUACACCUUCCGAGUAUCUUGCCAUCCUACAGCAUGCACGCGAGCAUAUGAAGGGGUACACCCUAUGGAAAUAUGCUUGCUUGGGUGGUGAGCCUUUCACAGAUCGCUUGAAGCUGGAAUUCGCUCAGCUUGGGACGAACUGCCCUAUUGUUCAGGACUCCUACGGUCUAACAGAGAUUUCUGCUUGCACUACCUUCGAGACAAUGACAGUGUCGCAGGUUGAAACCGCACGAAGUGUUGGAAAGGCAAUCGCUAACACUUCCCUUUAUGUGCUUGAUAAAGAUCACAACCCAGUGGACAUCGGAGUCCCUGGUGAGGUCUGUGCGGGCGGUAUUGGCAUUGCCUUGGGAUAUUUGGACAAAGAGCAAACCAAACUCAAGUUCCAUGACGAUCCCUUCGCAACACCUGAUGACAUUGCCCGAGGCUGGACUCGAAUGUACUGCACUGGCGACAAGGGUUGUCUUCUGGAGGAUGGUUCGCUCAUUCAUAUGGGUCGCAUGGACGGAAACACGGAGAUUAAGCUGCGAGGACUUCGCAUCGAUCUCGAAGAUGUUGCCUCUACGUUAGUCACCUCCGCAUCUGGUUUGCUAUCAUCAGCCGUUGUAUGUACAAAGGGCGAAGGCGAUUCUCAAAUCCUCGUUGCCUAUGUCGCACUGGUUCCCGGGCAGACCGCUAGUGAGGCCGACCUCCAGAUACUUGCGAGCAGUCUACCCCUCCCACAAUACAUGUGCCCCGCAAGGAUUGUCUGCUUGGAAUCUCUACCCAGGAACGCCAACGGGAAGAUUGAUCGCAAAGCUAUCGAGAGUCGCCCAUUCGAGAGUGCCAUCCCAAAGCCACUGCCGCUGCCAUCCAGUCGUCUGACAUUGGGGGAGGGCGAGCUCAAAUUGCUAUGGCAGGGCAUUCUCCCCAAUAACCCGCAGAUCCAGCCCGACACAGACUUUUUCAUGGUAGGUGGGAACUCACUCUUGCUUGUCAAAUUGCAAAGCGCGAUUCGCACAUCCAUUGGGGUAUCGAUCACCAUUCGUGAAUUGUAUGGUGCAAGCACAUUAUCCAGCAUGGCCAUCAAAAUAACCACGGAGAAAGCAAAAUCUCCCUCGAAGUCAGUCAACUGGUUUGAGGAAACGCUCAUCCCAGAAGAACUUCUGAACAGUGCAAAGACCGCGCCUGUAUCACGCCGGUCUGCAUCUACUGGGUGUGAGAUUCUCCUUACCGGAUCGACCGGCUUUUUGGGAAGUGUACUUGUGCAAGCCCUGGUGGAAAACUCUCUGGUCAGCAAAGUCCACUGCAUCGCGGUUGAGAAGGGACAUGAGGACUCUAUCACCGGCAGUGAUAAAGUCAUUGUUCACUAUGGAAGUCUCCUCGAUUCAGCCCUAGGGUUGUCCACGGCAGAUCACACAAUGCUGCUAUCCUGCAUCGAUGUUGUCAUCCACGCCGGCUCAAACGGCCAUUGUCUAAACUUCUAUAAUUCACUGCGGACCCCCAACCUGCUUUCCACCCACUUCCUUGCUCGUUUCUGCCAUCAGGCCCAGAUUCCUCUGCACUACAUCUCCUCGCCCCGGGUCAUUCUUCUUACUGGAAACGCAGCUUUGGGACCGGUGUCUGUGUCCUCCCAUCCUCCCCCCGCCGAUGGUUCUGAGGGGCUGACAGCUACCAAAUGGGCAAGCGAGGCCUUCCUAGAGCGCUACGCACAACACACUGGGCUGCCUGUCUGCAUUCACCGACCCUGUACCCCCAUUGGGGACAAUGCACCACACCAGGAUGCCCUUAACUCUAUGUUGCGUUAUUCGAAUAUUAUGGGAGCAACACCGCAAAUGACGAAUAUGGAUGGUUAUCUGGACUUCCAGAAAGUGGAGAUUAUUGCAGACGAAAUAGCCACACAGGUGAUGGACGGCAUCGACAAUCGUCUUUCCUCUGUUGUUUUCCGUCACCACUCCAGCCAUGAUAAGGUCUCCGUGAAGAGCUUCAGGGAAUACAUGGAAAGAGUGCAUAGUCGACCUUUUGGGGAACUUAGUCUGAGGGAUUGGAGCACGCGGGCGCUUGAACUAGGGAUUGAACCACUUAUUCCAAGUUUUCUAGAAGCUGUGGCUGAGAAUACGGAGACGAUGUUCUUCCCUUAUUUGGGCUCGCAGCAUGGAGAGUAA